AUGUCCCAGUUACAUAAAUUAGCCAUAUUGGCUUUUCUACUUUUUGGAAGUAUUUUGUCUUCUAAAUGGGAUGAUGAAAUUAAAAAUUUACCUGGAUUAACUUUUGAAGUUAAUUUUAAACAAUUUUCUGGUUAUUUAUCUACCUCUUCAAAUAGUUCUAUGCACUAUUGGUUUGUUGAAUCACAAUCUAAUCCAUUAAAUGAUUCUUUAAUAUUAUGGCUAAAUGGUGGACCAGGAUGUAGUAGUUUAGGUGGAAGUUUUGAAGAAAAUGGUUUUGCUUACCCUAAUCCGGAUGGAAAUACAUUAUUUGAAAAUGUUUUUUCAUGGAAUAAAAUAGGAAAUAUUCUUUAUCUUGAAUCACCAAGAGAUGUUGGAUUUUCUUAUGGUACAGGUGAUUAUACAUGGAGUGAUGAUCAAACAGCUCAAGAUAAUGCUGAUAGUAUUGUACAAUUUUUAGAAAGAUUUCCAGAAUAUAAUGGUCGUGAUUUUUAUAUUACAGGAGAAUCUUAUGGAGGAGUUUAUUUACCUACACUUGGACUUAAAAUAAUAAAUCUUAUUCAAUCUAAAAAAUUAAAUCUCAAUUUUAAAGGUAUUGCUAUUGGUAAUGGUAUACUUUCACAAAAACUUCAAGUAAAUAGUUAUAUUAAUUUAAAUUAUAUUCGUGGUGCAUUAGAAUUUUCUGAAUAUACAGCUCUUUCACAAUGUUGUGAUUCAUCAGUGCCACUUUAUAAAUGUAAUUUUUAUGAUUACUUAAUUAUUGAUUCUUAUGGAAAUUUAUUACCAAAAAAUUAUACUGAUAAUAAUAAACAAAAUUGUGCUAAUAUUAUUUACAAUUAUUCUGUUGCUUAUUUAUGGGCAUAUGAUCCUGCUAAUUCAUAUCCUCCAUCUAGAAUUCCAGGAGUUUUCUUAAAUGAUGCAUACAACAACUAUCUUGUUUGUUACAAUGAACAGAUUGUAUCAAAUAGUUCAAAGAAAAAUGAUGUAAAUCAUUUAUCACUUUGGAGAAGAUAUUUACUUCAAAAUACUCAACGUAAAUAUGAUGCUAAUCCUAUAAUGUAUUCUGAAAGUAAACCUUUUGUUGAUCAAUUAUCAUUAUAUAAUACAAUGUCUACUGAUAAUUUGGGAGGAUUUCCAUGUUACGCUUCAGAUGCCAAAGCAGUAUAUUUAAAUAGAAAAGAUGUUCAAAGUGCUAUACAUGUAGAUGUCACAAAAACUGCUGCUGGAGUAUGGACUGAUUGUUCAGCAAGUUUUUCUCAUUAUAAAGUUCAGUAUCCUGAUAUGACACCAAUUUUUAAACAAAUUAUUGAUACUAAAUAUCCAGUUAAUAUUAUGCUUUAUAAUGGAGAUGUUGAUUCAGUAUGUAAUUUCCUUGGAGAUCAAUGGUUUAUGGAAGAAUUAGCAACAAAUAAUGGAAUGACAGUUAAAUCAGAAUAUAGUGCCUGGAAUUAUACUCAAUCUCCAGGAGUUAUUCCAAAAAUUGGUGGAUAUUUUAAACAAUUUACUUUUAAUGGACAACAUUUUGAUAUUGUAACAGUUAAAGGUGCAGGUCAUUUUGUUCCUCGUGAUCGUCCUGGACCAAUGCUUCAAGUUUUAUCUAAUUUCAUUAAAAAUAAUAAUUAUAAUACUCCAUUAAAUGUUUCAAUCACUCCAAAACCAUUAUUUCUUCAAUACCAAGGACCAAUUAUACAAGAGAAAACUCGUAAACAGAAAGAUCAAAUUAUAAAUUUACCUGGACUUACAGUUAAUAUCAAUUUUAAUCAAUAUUCUGGAUAUCUUAAAGGUAUCAAAGGAAAUUACCUUCAUUAUUGGUUUGUUGAAUCAAAAAUUGAUCCAGAAAGAUCUCCACUUGUUCUUUGGUUAAAUGGUGGACCAGGAUGUUCUAGUGUUUCUGGACUUUUAACAGAACUUGGACCAUUACACGUAAAUCCAGAUGGUAAAACAUUAUUUGAUAAUGUAUAUUCAUGGAAUACAAAAGCGAAUGUAUUAUUCUUAGAAGCACCAAGAAAUGUUGGAUUUUCAUGGCAAAAUAAAACUGAAAAUAAUGGUACAUUGUAUGAUGAUGAUUUGACUGUUGAAGAUAACUAUUUAGCUUUAAAAGAUUUUUAUUCUGUUUAUCCAGAAUAUGCUGGAAGACCAUUUUAUGUUGCUGCUGAGUCAUAUGGAGGAAUAUAUGGACCAACUUUGACUGCAAGAUUAAUUAAAGGAAUUCAAGCAAAUGAUUUUCCAGCCUGUAAUCUCCAAGGAAUGGCUAUUGGUAAUGGUGAACUUUCUAAUAUUAAAUCUAUAUCUUCAACAAUAGCAAAUCUUUAUUUCCAUGGUAUAAUUGGUGUAGAAGAAUGGUCUGCAUUAAGAAAAUGUUGUCCAGGACAAACUUAUCAAGAACUUGCUUUUUGUGAUUUUUCACAAUUUAUAACAUAUGAUAAAACUGGAAAUCCAGUUGCAAAAGUUAAAGGAGAUGAAUGUGGAAAUUUAGUUGCAAAAUAUGCAUUCUGGAAUUGGGAAAAUUCAGAUAAAUUAGAUGUUUAUAACAUUUAUCAAGAUUGUUACCAACAAAAAGCAGUUAUUUUUGGUUCAAGAAAAAAAAUUAAGAAUGCAGAUAAAUUGAAAAAACAAUAUAUUUCACAAUCUGCUAAUGGGCAAAAUGUUUAUCAAAAAAAUCCUAAUCCAAAUGUUAAUGAUUAUUCUUCUGAUCCAUUAGGAGGAUUUGCUUGUUGGGCCUCUUCUGCUGCAACAACAUAUCUUAAUACUCCAGAUGUCAGAGAUUCACUUCAUAUUCCUAGCUAUGUUCCAAGAUGGGAUGAAUGUAAUUCUAGUAUUAAUACGAAUUAUAAUGGACAAUAUAAUGAUACAUCAAGUGUAUUCCAAGAAAUGAUUAAUAGUAAUUAUCCAUUAAGAAUUUUAAUCUAUAAUGGUGAUGUUGACACAGCUUGUGAUUUUUUGGCUGAUCAAUGGUUUAUUGAAGAAUUAGCUGCAAAAAAUAAUUACACUGUUUCAGUUAAAAGAGAUGCAUGGUGGUUUAGACAACAAAUAGCUGGUUAUUGGAAACAAUUCCAAGGUGGAAAAAUAACAAUUGAUCAAUUAACUGUUAAAGGUGCUGGACAUUUAGUUCCACUUGAUCGUCCUGGACCAGCUCUUCAAAUGAUUAAUAAUUUCUUACAAACAAGAAAUUAUUCACAUAGUAUUGAAUUUAAUCUUGCUGAAGGUAAUUUGUUACCACAAUACAGUAUUCAACAACAAAUUUCUAUUGCUGCAAGUCAUCCUAAAACUAAACAAUACAGACCUAUUAGACAUAUGGAUGCACUUUUAAAUAAAAAAAACAAAAAACCAGUUCCACAAAAAGUAUUAAGACAAUAUAAUGUUCCAAUAUUUAAUAAUAAAUCAGCUAAUUUAGUUACUUCAUGGCCAGGAAUUACUUUUAAGCCAACAUUUAAAACAUACUCUGGAUAUCUUUCUGCUAAAAGUGAAAAUGAUGUUUCAGUAAAUGCUCCAGAUCAAAUCUUUUUACAUUAUAUGUUAACUGAACAUCAAACAGAUCCAAUGAAUACUCCAUUAAUUCUUUGGUUUAAUGGUGGUCCAGGUUGUUCAUCUAUGGGUGGAGCUUUAACUGAACUUUCUCCUUUCCGUGCCUCACCUGAUGGUAGUUUAUUAUAUGAAAAUCCUUAUGCAUGGAAUCGUCUUGGAAAUAUUCUUUUCCUUGAAUCACCACGUGGUGUAGGAUUUUCUUAUAGUACAGAUGGUAAAAUGAAUGUUCCAUAUAAUGAUACAACAACAGCUAAUCAUAAUGUUGCUGCACUUUUAAGUUUCUAUCAAACAUUCCCUGAAUAUAAAAAUAGACCAUUCUUUAUUACUGGUGAAAGUUAUGGAGGAGUUUAUGUACCAACAUUUACAGAUGCUUUAAUAAAACGUAUACAAUCUGAUAAUAUUAAUUAUAUCAAUUUCCAAGGUGUUGCUAUUGGUAAUGGAGAGUUAUCUGAAGUUAUGCAAGUUAACUCAGCAGUUGAUCUUCUUUACUUCAGAGGUAUUUAUGGAUUAGAUGAAUUUAAAGCAAUUUCAUCCUGUUGUCCAUCUGAUCCUUUUGGUAAUAGUACUGAUAUUUGUGAUUUUACAAAAUAUAUUUAUCUUGAUGUUUAUGGAAAUGCUAAUCCAAAACCAUCAGAUGAUCCAGUUUUUCAAAAAUGUGCUAAUUUAGUUGUAGAACUUGGUUUCAAUUUAGUUUGGACAACUGCUAAUGAUGUAUAUAAUACUUAUCAAGAUUGUUAUGCAUCAGAUACUAACAGUAAAUAUCUUAAAUCCAAUAAUAAUGGUGGAAAAGCAUUAUUUGGAAUAAAUAAUUUUAAAAAUGUUAAAUCUCGUUAUUCUAUUGGAAGUCAACCAUUAACAAAUAAUUAUACUUUUAUUGAUCAAAGAUCAGUUCAAAAUUUACAAAGUACUGAUGCAAUCAAUGGAUUUUAUUGUCAUGAUGGUUCAACAGCUUAUUUAAAUAGACUAGAUGUUAAGCAAGCUUUACAUGUUGAUGAAACAAUUAUAUGGGAAGAUUGUAAUGAUUAUAUGAAUGCUCAUUAUAUACAAAUGCAUAAUGAUACAACAUCUGUAUUUAAUUCAAUUAUUGCUUCUCAAUAUCCAUUAAGAUUCCUUAUUUAUAAUGGUGAUGUAGAUAUGGCUUGUGAAUUUUUAGGAGAUCAAUGGUUUGUAAGAAAUUUGGUAAAGAUAAAUAAUGGUAACAUUACAUCACCAAGAGCUCCAUGGACAUUUAAUUAUCCAAACUUUUAUCCAAGAAUUGCAGGAUUUACAACAAGUUUCCAAAUUAAAACAAUUACAAUUGAUCAAGCAACUGUUAAGGGUGCUGGUCAUUUUGUACCAGAAGAUCGUUCUCAACAAAUGUUACAAUUAUUGACAAACUUUGUUAAAAAUACAGGAAAUUUUAGUAUUGCAAAUCCAAUGGCUGUAACUCAACCAUUACUUUCAAAUGCAGCACCACAGCAAGCAUCAAGUAUUUCUAGAAAAGAUGCUGAUAUGAUUUAUAAUUUACCUGGUUUAACAUAUACAUUAAAUUUCAAUCAAUAUUCAGGUUAUUUAAAUUCAGCUAAAGGAGACUACUUACAUUAUUGGUUUAUUGAAUCCCAAAGACAACCAUCACAAGAUCCUGUUGUAUUAUGGUUAACAGGAGGUCCAGGAUGUUCUUCACUUGGAUCUUUAUUAACAGAAAUUGGUGCAUUCCAUGUCAAUCCAGAUGGUAGAACAUUAUAUGAAAAUAUUUAUUCAUGGAAUAAAUUUGCUAAUAUUCUCUUUUUAGAAUCUCCACGUGAAGUUGGUUUUAGUUAUCAUAAUACAACUGAAAAUCCUUCCAAUAAUAUUGAUGAUUAUCAGACAGCUGUUGAAAAUGCUAAUGCUCUUGCUGAUUUCUUUAAUAAUGUGUUCCCAGAAUAUAAGAAUAAUGAUUUCUACAUUACUGGUGAAAGUUAUGCUGGAAUUUAUAUUCCAACAUUAUCAUUAGAAUUAUUAAAUAGAAAACUUGGAACAAAUGGUUUUAUGAAAACUAUGGAUUGGUUAAAUUUUAAAGGAUUUUCAAUUGGAAAUGGAGAAUUAUCUGAGUAUAUGGAUGUAAGAACAAAUCCAGAAGUUUUAUAUUUCCAUGGAUUAAUUGGAAAAACAGAUUAUGAUGCUAUACAAAGUUGUUGUCCUAAAGAUCAAUUAGCUCAAGGAGCUUGUCAUUAUGAUGAAUUAGUUAAAUGGGAUACUAAUGGAUAUUUAUUACCAUUAAAUGCUUCAGAUCCAACCAGUGUUAAAUGUGCUAAUUUAGUAAAUGAUAUAGCUGGAUAUAGAAAAUGGAUGGUUGUAAAUGAUGUUUAUAAUAUGUAUCAAAAUUGUUAUGAACAAACAACACCAAGUUUUGGAUCAUCAAUAAGUGAAAGACAUAGAAAUAAUUUUAGAAAUAAAUUUAUGGCUUCAUUACAAAAUAAGAAAAAUAAUAUACAGACAUCAUUUAGUAAUCAAUUAUCAAAAAUGAAUUAUGCUUCAACUGAUCCUCAAGGUGGAUUUCAAUGUUAUAUGUCAAAUGGAAUGGAUAAUUAUUUAAAUCAAGCUCAUGUUCGUGAUGCUAUUCAUAUUCCAGAUUAUGUUCAACAAUUCCAAUUUUGUAGUGAUACAUUAAAUUAUACAUCAUUAUAUAAAUAUUUUAGUUUAAAGGAUACCUUUAAAAGUAUGAUGGAACUUAAUUAUCCUCUUAGAACAUUAAUAUAUACUGGUGAUGUUGAUUUGGCAUGUGGUAUGAUGGAAAGUCAAUUCUUUGUUGAAGAUUUAUAUAAUGAUGUUAAAAAUAAAUAUCAAUCAACUAAUUCAAUAAGAAAAGGAUGGACAUAUCAAUAUGGUUCUUCAUAUUAUCCAACAUUAGCUGGUUAUCAAAAAUCAUUUAAAAUGACACCAAAUUUCAGUUUAGAUUUACUUAGUGUUAAAGGAGGAAGUCAUUUUGUUCCAACAUCCAGACCAGCUCAGGCAUUGCAAAUGAUUUAUAAUUUCAUUUCUAAUACAGGUGAUUAUUCUCUUCCAUCUGGUAUUGAUAUUACCAGACAACCACUUUUACCACAAUAUCAACCACAACCAAUAAUUCACGUUAAUGUUACCUCAACACAAAAUACUAUUACUACAACAACAACAAAAUCAUCAUCAAGAAUAAUUUCAAAUAUUGCUAUAUUAAUUAUGUCAUUUUGGUUUUUAUAUCUUUCUCAUUAG